AUGUUGCCUCGCGAGAAACUGUGCGUAGUGCUGAUCGUACUGCUGGGAUUAACCUUCCAGCAAAUCUCAGGCCAGUGUCCCAGCAAUCCCUACCGAACGUUCGAUGGUUCGUGUAACAACCUUGUGAAUCCGUCUUGGGGAGCUGCCAAUACACCAUUCGUCCGCAUAGUCAAUCCCAAGUAUAGUGAUGGAAAAUCGAGUCCUCCCUUAGCAACGGAUGGCAGUGAUCUGCCGAACCCUAGAGUGCUGUCCGUUGAGGUCUUCCAGGAGGGUGUGCAGAACAGUCCUGAGUUCACACUGGCUAACAUGCAGUUCGGACAGAUUGUAGCACAUGAUAUGGCUCUUACGCGUGGAGUUCGAGAUCAACUGCCUUGUUGCGCUAACGGCCGCUUACAACCCGCACGAGGUCCGCGAUGCCUCGCUAUUCCCGUUUUGCCAGAGGAUCCAGUGUUCUCCGUGCGUGGCAUUGAGUGUUUGGGAAUGAUCCGCACUCUAACCACUUGUGAUGAAGAUCCCAAUGGCUGUACUAGGGCUGAGCAAAUCAAUGCUGUCAGCCAUUUUCUGGAUUUGUCAGUCGUGUACGGAAAUUCUGCUCAAGAGGCCGCCCUGCUCCGAGAGCCCAACACGGGUUUCUUGAAAGUUGAACAGCGUGAUGGUCAGGCAUGGCCACCAAGACAUCCGAAUGCGAGUACUACCUGUACGCUGAAAACUCCGAACGAUGCAUGCUAUCUUACUGGGGAUGGACGAGCGAACCAAAGUCCUCAUUUGGCGAUACUUCAAAUUACGUUCGUACGGGAACAUAAUCGUAUCGCUAGAGUACUGCAAGCGCUGAAUCCAACUUGGACCGUCGAAAAACUGUUCCAAGAAGCUCGGCGAAUUAAUAUUGCCCAGUAUCAGCACAUCGUGUUCGACGAAUGGCUUCCCAUCUUUUUGGGUCGCAGUUUUAUGCUUGAGCGUCAGUUGCUCUAUCAAGCUGCGGGUCCUACGAACGACUACGGACAAACUAUCCAUCCGGCAGUUAUUAACUCACACACCACAGCCGCGUUCCGAUUUUUCCAUUCCUCUAUACAGGGCACCCUGAAACUCUAUGAGGAAACCCGACGAUCGAUGUCCAAGGUUGACAUCAAUGAUCACACCAACAAUCCCAACAUUCUGGAAGAAGCGUCUGAUCGCUAUGCGAAUCUUCUUCGUGGACUCACCACCCAGCCGAUGGGGCUGAACGAUGCCAGUCUCGAUCCAGCCACCAAACACUUCCUCUUCCGGUUCAACAACAUGUUCGGCACGGAUUUGAAAUCGAUUGACAUCCAACGUGGUCGCGAUCAUGGCUUAGGAUCAUACAAUGAUUUUGUGUUUUUGUGCUUUAAUCAGCGUGCUGCAUCGUGGUCCGAUUACAACCAGCUGCUAGUGCCAGGAGCCAUCGAGUUACUAUCAACGUACUACAAGUCGGUGAAUGAUCUCGACCUGUCGGUCGGAUUGGCGUUCGAGAAGAAGGUUGACGGUACUGAAUCCGGCAUGGUGACACGGUGCAUUUUAGCCGACCAGUUCCGCCGCACCCGGAAGGGUGAUCGGUUUUUCUACGAAAAUGGAAACCACUUCACUGCCAAACAGUUGGUUGAAAUUCGUAAAGCAAACAUGGCACGAAUUCUGUGCGAUACGACAUCCAGCGUUGCACGGAUACAGCCGGACGUUUUCCUCUUGCCCUCAAACAUUAAUCAGCUGACGGCGUGUAGUUCCUUGCCAACGCCAAAUCUGCGAGAGUUUUUAUAA